UAAACACACAGAUGCCAGCACCAACCCAGAUACAGACCGCCCCUUUCCAGAAGCACAGCUGUGAGAAGCCCAACACCUGCAGAGUUGAGGUGUGGCCCGACGUGGCCCCGCCCUCUCCUCACCUGCUCAGGUGGAGCUAGGACUCUGCAGCUCUGCGAGUGAGACUGACAGGCCUCCCUGCCCUGGGCCUUUGGGAUCCAGCUGGGGAAAGUGAGACAGGGCCAGGGGCUGGGUGCCUGGCGUCUGGAUCCACAGCCGGCCUCAGAGACGACCUACCCUCCAUGUCUCCCGGAGAAAAACUGGACCCGCUUCCUGACACCUUCAUCCUGCAGCCGCCCACCUUCCACCCGGUGGUUCCUUAUGUCACCACAAUUUUUGGUGGUCUGCGGGCAGGCAAGAUGGUGAUGCUGCAGGGAGUGGUCCCUCUGAAAGCCCACAGGUUCCAGGUGGACUUCCAGUGUGGCUGCAGCCUGGACCCCCGACCGGAUAUCGCUUUCCACUUCAAUCCCCGCUUCCACACCACCAAGCCCCAUGUCAUCUGCAAUACCCUGCAGGGUGGGCACUGGCAGAAGGAAGUGCGGUGGCCCCACCUGGCCCUGCAGAGAGGAGCCAGCUUCCACCUCCUCUUUCUCUUUGGAAAUGAGGAAGUGAAGGUGAGCGUGAACGGGCAACACUUCCUCCGCUACCGCUACCGCCUCCCGCUAUCUCGUGUGGACACCCUGGGCAUAUUUGGUGACAUCUUGGUGAAGGCCGCGGGGUUCCUGAAUGUCAAUCCAUUUGUGGAAGGCGGCAAUGAAUAUCCAGCUGGACAUCCCUUCCUGCUGGAGAGCCACAGGCUGCAGGUGCCCUGCUCCCGUCCCCUUCCUCGGGGCCUGUGGCCUGGGCAGGUCAUCAUAGUGCGGGGGCUGGUCUUGCAAGAGCCCAAGGAUUUCACACUGAGCCUGAUGGACGAAGCAGCCCAUGUUCCCCUGACACUCAGGGCCUCCUUUGCAGACAGAACUCUGGCCUGGGUGUCGCCCUGGGGGCGCAAGAAGCUGAUCCUGGCCCCCUUCAUCUUCUACCCCCAGCGAUUCUUUGAGGUACUGCUCCUGUGCCAGGAGGGAGAACUGAAGCUAGCGCUUAAUGGACAGGGCCUGGGGGCCACCAGCCUGGGCCAGCAGACUCUGGAGCAGCUGCGGGAACUCCGUGUCAGUGGCAGCAUCCAACUCUACUGUGUCCAUUUCUGAAGACGGGUCUGGGGGGCCUGGAUGAGGAAGAGGAGGCCCAGUCUCGGCUCCACCCCACCCCCAGCACGGCCUCACUCUCCUUCCCUCUUCGAUCUUUGCACCUGCCACUACCUUAUCUGGCCACAGGACCUUUGGACCCCACCACAAGGGAGGUACAAGAAUAAGAGGACUCCUUGUCUAUUCCUCCCUCCACCAGGAGCCUGGGGUUUGGUUCCAACACCUUCAGGAUCUGAACUUGAAGGAAGCAGGCUGUGUAACCUAACAAGAACAAGAACAAAAACAACAACAAAAUGCAGUGGCUUAAAGAAUGUAGAUGCCUAUUUCAUUCUCCUCUGGCAGUUAUGAUGAGAACAAUCUGCGCCCAGUGGUCAAAUCAGUUCCAUAAAUAUAAGCUUGUGCUUCCAGACCCAACACAAAGGCUACGGCCAUUGUAACGUUCAGUCACUGAGAAGCAAAGCGAGAAUGUGGACAAGGCCUACCUAGGUUUAGAAUUUGGGGAGCUUGGGGGUUCACAGACAGAAAUGACUUGGUUUACUAGCAAAGCUCAGUCACAUGGUCAUGCUACCUGCAGAGAGGUUGGAGACAGUCUCUGGAGGGGAGGUCAUGUGCACGGACACGUCCAUUACUGUGUGUGUGUGUGUGUGUGUGUGUGUGUGAGAGAGAGAGAGAGAGAGAGAGGGAGGGAGAGAAGAGAUGGUGGAUUGCUGCACCCUGUGAGUAGUGCUGUGAAUAUGCUCAUUGCAGGAAGGAGGACACAGAGUGACUGAGAUAAGGGAAAAGAAAGAACACUGCAAAUAAAAAUAAAGGUUCAAGAAGAAAUAAUGAUUUGGAAUUAUUAGUACAUGCUUUUAUAUAUCACAGCUAGAUAGAAUAUAUAUGGUGUAGCCACAGAUCCUUAUGUUAUAGGUUACGGAGUGAUUUAUAUCAUAUGUAUUGUUUUAUCUUUACAUUAAGUGGGAAUAAGUAGAAAAAUAAAACCUAAUAUAUCAACCAACCCAGUAGAUGAGAUGGAGUUUUAUUUUGCUAAGAAACACACCCACUUUUAUGCUGCUUAUAAAAUUACUUCUAAAGAAAGAUGACAGCAGCUGGGGAGGUAGAUCAGUGGCUUUGCAAACCUGAAGCUCUGAGUUUGUUUCCAAGCACUGCAUAUGAGCAGAGAGGACUCUAUUUUCUCUUUCAUCAAAUAAAUAAGUAUAUGUCUUUUUAAAAAUUUUUACUUAUAAAAUGGAAAUAUUGACAAGAUCAUAGGGUAUGAGGGGUAUAAUUCUACACAAUUCCCAAUACCAGGACUCUGUCCCAUCCCUGUGGGAUUAUGUGAAAGCAUGGUAGAGCUUAGAGGAACUCUCCCAUCCUUGAGAUGGAGGUCUGGAAAGACACCCCACUUGUCAGUCUCUCCCUUCCAGGGAUGGAGCUAAGAGGGAAAGCUUCCAUGACUCAGUUUCCUCUUGUUGGUCUCUUAAGCUUCAGAAAGGCCUGCAAUCUCUCAGUUAACUCAUUCCCCUUCUGCAGACCAAAUGGCUGCCUGCUUGUAAGUUCACUUAGAGUUCACUAUGUUCACUAUAAGUUCACCACGUUCACUAUAAGUUCACCACCUUUUGAUCACACAUGUGAGCAUACUCCAUCACAGCAUUACCAGUAACCUAACAGUGAAAACCCACACACCUUAUUUCUUUGUCCUUUGAUAUCUAUGAUUUACAUAAAGCUCUGACCUUCUCUGCUUCAUCUCACUCUGCUGGUUUAGCCACUAUUUCUUAAUACCUUUAGAUAAUUAACAUGACUUGCAUCAUGGAAACUAAUUGCUUUGACCUUUUGGUAUCUCAUCAAUUCUUGUCAUUCCUACCCCUCCGAACCAUAGGGGUAUCUGACCUUUGAAACCCUGUGAUUAAUGACAUAUGUGAAAAAUGUUCUUUGUUCUACUUGCUAUAUAAGUUGUCCCUUCUCAGAAUAAAGUUGGAAGUUCAUACCUGAA